GCGCGCGCGGCCGCGGUGAAUUUGAAUACGACUCCCGGGAGCAACGUUUGAUAGAUCUAAAAGAAAUACGUCAAAUUUACUAGGAUCCUGUACUGUGCUGUUGCUGAUAACUGCUGCUUGACUUUGGGCUUGGAGACAGGCAAGGUUACAGCAAGAUGCAACAACCAGGAGAAAGGCCCCUUAGAGAAAUACAGCAUGGAAACAUUGGUAUGGGACGAGGUAGUGAGGCUGACCAAGCCAAGGUGGCUGCUUUGAUGAAAAAAGCAAAGAGUGCUGUUGAAGAGGGUCACCCAAGAGCAGCUUUGGAAAUAUUACAGAAGGCAGCUGAGAUACAGAAGACAGAGAAAAUUCUCAAGAGAAUAUCUAAAUUAGAGGCAUAUCUUGCUGAGAAUGGAUCUGAGGAUGAAGAUGAAGAAGAUGACAACAUGGCUCACGUUGGCAAGGGAUUCUAUAUCUACAAAGAUCUCUAUAACAGAUUGUAUGAAUAUCAGAAAGAAUCACUUCUUUGGUUUUGGCGUCUCCAUCGGAAGCAGAAAGGAGGCAUUCUUGGAGAUGACAUGGGACUUGGCAAGACUGUGCAAGUAGUUGCCUUUCUAAGUGGUCUCUUUGACAUGGAGCAGGUUGAAAAUGUGCUCAUUGUUGUACCUGUAGCCCUCAUCAUCAACUGGGAAAGAGAAUUCAAGAAUUGGGCUCCAGGCAUAGGAGUUCAUACAUUCCAUGGUGCAAGCAAGAAAGAAAGGGAACGCUUACUAGAGAGAGUACAGAGGAGAGGUGGUGUUUUGAUGGUUAGCUAUGGACUGGUUGUAACGUGCUGGGAACAGAUUAAUCAUUAUCGAUGUAAUGAUUUUGUCUGGGAUUAUGUAAUCCUUGAUGAAGGUCAUAAGAUCAAGAACCCUACAAAGACUACCAAAGCUGUAAAUGCCAUUGCAGCUAAGCACCGUUUCAUCUUGACUGGUACACCCAUACAAAACAAUCUUAAAGAGCUUUGGUCUCUCUUCAACUUUGUGACACAUGGGACUUUGCUGGGUACACUGCAGACCUUCAAAUCAGAGUAUGAUAAUCCUAUCACAAGGGCAAGAGAAAAAGAUGCCACUGCAAGCGAGAAGCUCCUUGGCAAUGAGAUGGCAGAGAGCCUGCGCCUCCUUAUAGCACCAUACUUCUUAAGACGGACCAAGGCAGAUGUAUUGGAGAACAAGAAGGAGAGUGAUCAGGAUGAUGUAGAUAGUGAGGCCAGUGGAUCUACACGGGGAUCACUAUCACCUGAUAAUGUUAUUCCCUCCCUGACAAGGAAGAAUGAUCUGAUAGUUUGGUUAUCAUUGACUGAUACACAGAUUAAUAUCUACAAGGAUUUCAUUAGUCUAGACAGGGUCAAAGAGUUGCUAAUGACCAAGCGAUCACCUUUAGCUGAGCUUACGAUCCUGAAAAAAAUCUGUGAUCAUCCCAGACUGCUGUCAAACCGGGCUUGUAGACAACUAGGGCUGCAGAUGUUUGAUGAAGGGUAUGAUGAGAAUGAUGAUCCUGAUGAAAUGGAGUGUGCUGCGAACAGCAUCCAUGCUAUCAGUGAAGAGACGCUUUUCUUAGAGUCUGGUAAACUCCAGUUUCUUGUCAAGUUACUCACCAAUCUUAGAGAAGAGGAUCACAGAUGUCUUGUUUUCAGCCAGUCACGCAAGAUGCUUGAUAUUGUGGAGAAGAUCCUCAAAGCAAGGGGAUUCAAGCUGAUGCGUCUUGAUGGCACCAUCACCAAGAUGAGUGAUAGAGAAGAUAGGAUCAGUCGUUUCCAAAGAGAUCACUCCUACAGUGUGUUCCUACUCACAACUCAAGUUGGAGGGGUGGGGCUGACGUUGACAGGUGCAAACAGGGUUGUCAUCAUCGAUCCUAGCUGGAAUCCAGCGACAGAUAACCAGGCCGUUGACCGGGCUUACCGUAUCGGCCAGACAAGAACAGUGGUCAUCUACCGUCUUAUUACAUGUGGCACAGUGGAGGAGAAGAUAUACAGAAGACAGAUCUUUAAGGAAUCCUUGACCAAACAGACCACCGGUAGCUCCAAGAAUCCUUAUCGGUAUUUUACAGGUCAGCAGUUGAAGGAGCUGUUUGUGCUUGAUAAUCCCAAGGUAUCAGAGACACAGAAACAGCUUGAAGCAAUGCAUUCCUCUCAUAGGAAGACUGAUACAGAACUGGAUUCUCAUAUAGCGUUCUUAUAUUCUACAGAUAUCUUUGGGAUUAGUGAUCAUGAUCUGAUGUUCUCUCAGGAAGCACAUGUGGAACCAAACCAGGAGUUUGAAGAAGAAGGAAACCAGUAUGUUCAGCAAAGGGUUCAGAGGGCACAGGAACUUGUUGCUCAAGAAUCUGACCUGACCCGGAAGUUGAAUGAUCACAUCCGACGUGGCACAGAGGGGCCCGGUGGAGCCAAGAAACGCUACUCUAUGAAUGUCAAUCGUGAAAGGCUGCAGAGUGAAUGGGCAGAGAAGUCUGGGGAAGGGGUCAUCAACCCACCUCUUCAAAAUGUACCAAAAUAUUACAAACCAGAGGAUAGACAACCUUCAAGAGGAGUAGACACGGCUGUUGAGGAUUUAGACCGCACCAUGGAAGAGCUCUCCAUCAAUGUUUCUAGAUCUAGCUUUGAUGAGGAAGCAGAGGAUUUAGCCCAACGUUCUCCUGGUUAUCAGAGUAAUGCAUCUCAAGACAUAGGAGGGACGGAGGAGGUUCUGAUCAUCGAUGACUCUCCUCUCGGAAGCGGAGAUGAGGGGGGUAUUGAAAGCCGACCUGGUAGUGUCUUUGUGGUAGAUGAUGACUCGAGACCUGGGAGUCGGUCGGAGGAAAGCUGCAGACCUGGCAGCACGGUAGAGGACAAGGCUUUUAUAGGUGAAUCUUACCUCCCAGAGGAUAGCAGCCGUGGUCCUAGUAGGAAUGAUGAUGGCAAUAUUAUACAUGAUCAGGAUGAAGAGAUGGAAGAUUACAUUGAUGAUCACAGCAGUGGCGGUGACUCCCGAAGUAAUGCUGAAGCGCCAAAUACCAAGCAGGAGCUGUUUACAAGUGCCAAUGAGAGUCUUGAAUUGGUGGUUGGUAUGACACCACCAAGAGGCCAAAAUGGAGAUUACCCAGUUGGUUCCAGGGAGUCUAGCAGAGGUACAACUUCCUUUUAUACAGGUGAAUCGCAUGGUGGUAUGGCAGAUGAUAGUGGAUCACUGAGAAGCAGGAAUGAGGAAUCUAAGCAAUUGAUGCCAUCUGAUACUGACAGCUAUGGGAUGAUGGAGGUGAGUAGCGGACAGCCAUCUGAUCUACCACACUUCAAUGCCACCAGGAAACUGUCCCUUGAAGAUUCAAGAUCAUUGACGUGUAGUCAGAUGACACAAGAUGUGGAGGCAGACUUCAGAGCAAAUACAAUUGAUUGGGAGAAUGGCAGGUGUUCUUCACAGGAUAUGAGAUCCAGAGAAGGGAUGACAGACCAGGAUAUGAGUGCGAGUGGAGUAGAUGAUGUUGGACUAGACAGUGAGGAUGAUGAAGAAGAUGGUAGUUAUGGAGAAGUGGUGGAAGUGUCUGUCGCAAGUUUUUGUUGUCAGGCUGAUGGGGAUGUCCGUCAAGACAUGGAUGUUAGCAACACGGUUGAACCCUUGAAUCAGGAGAAACACCAUCAGUCUGGAUCACCCAGAGAACAAAUGCUCAUGAUUGAAGAUAGAAGAGAUGAUGAGGGCAGUGAGAGCUCUGUGAGAAGAAGCCCACAUCCAGAUCCUCAGUCAGAUGAAGUUGAAGAGGAAAAUAGUUAUGAAGAUGUAUCCAUGGCCAGCUUCUCGGUGCAAACUGAUGAUGUUGACAACCUAAAAGAAGUGCAAUCAACAAAUCUGGAUGAUAAAUCCAGUUCACAUUAUUCCCACAGCUCAGUACUAAAAGACCAACAAUCUUUCCAAAAGGAACUAUUCACUAAAGAUCUAUCCAGUAUCAAUGUAAGCUCAGCAAGGGAGGGACCUCCAGAAGGCAUUGACCUGGAUGCAACAUCUCGGUUCCUAGGACUCACAUCAGAGGAGAGCCCAUUCCUUAAAACCUCAUCACCUGUUACCAAGGCCCGUCAUGUCCGGAGGAUAGUAUCGGAUGAUGAGGAGGAGGAAGACGAUGGGUCAGUUUUUGAAAGGGACACUAGUAAUGGAGGCAGGGCCAGACUCCUUGAUGAUGAAGGUGUGUAUGGAGGGGUUUAUAAAGACAAUGAACCAAGAGAUAAACAACUCAGCACCAAAAGGAAGAAACCAUCAAGUGUUCUGGUUGAUGAUAGUGAUGAUGAAGAAGUGAUAGGUAGAUCAAGUAGAAGCACCAAAUCUUCUUUGGAUACUGAACAAAGUGCAGUUAUGCAAGAGAGUAUGAGUGAGUUCAUUGUGGGUGAUUCUGAUGAAGAGCAGCAUUUUGAAGAACCACUGGACAAAGAUGAUGUUGUUGAUGAGAGUCUGCUGGAUGAAUCAGAGGAUUCAUCCGCCUCAGAAGUAGAAGAAGAAACAGCUGGAAGAAAACGAAGGAAAAAACAUGUUAUAAUCAGUGAUGAUGAAGAAGAGGAGGAAGAAGAAGAAGAAAAAAAAGAGAAAGAAGAAGAAGAGGAGGAGGAGGAUGGUGAUAAUGAUCCCUGCAUCUUUAAAACAGAUGGACAGUAUAAUAAAGCAAUGAAGAAAACUGACUUAAUUACAAUGGAAGCUGAGGAAGGGAGAUCAACUCAUGAUACCAGUAGAAUAUCAGAUGAAGAAAGAGAUGGAGAAGAUAAAGAACUAGAUGAAGAUGAUGAGGAGGAGGAAAAUGAAGUACUGAAGGAAGAUGAAAUGGUGGAUGAGGAGGAAGAAGAGGAUAGUUAUGAACAUAGUAUAGAAGACGAGGAGGAGGAGGAUGAAGCAGAGGAAAACACAGAUGAGGAAGAGGAGGAUGAAGAAAGUGAUGAAAGCAGGAGUGAAGAUGAAUCAGACAUGGAGAUGAGAGCAAAGUACAAAGCUCUUGUCAAGAAAGGAAUGUCAAAAGUAUCCGAGGGUGAUAACAAGAGUGCACUACGUGCCUUCCUCCAAGCACUCUAUAUUGAUGGUAGCAGUGAAAAACUCCAGCUCAUAGCCCUCAAACUCAAGAAGAAACUAGAGAACCAAUGAGAUAUUACCCAACUGAUAUAACAAGAGUGUCCUACGUGCCUUCCUCCAUACACUUUAUAUUGAUGGUAGCAGUGAAAAACUCCAGCUCAUAGCCCUCAAACUCAAGAAGAAACUAGAGAACCAAUGAGAUAUUACCCAACUGAGAUAACAAGAGUGUCCUACGUGCCUUCCUCCGAGCACUCUAUAUUGAUGGUAGCAGUGAAAAACUCCAGCUCAUAGCCCUCAAACUCAAGAAGAAACUAGAGAACCAAUGAGAUAUUACCCAACUGAGAUAACAAGAGUGUCCUACGUGCCUUCCUCCAUACACUUUAUAUUGAUGGUAGCAGUGAAAAACUCCAGCUCAUAGCCCUCAAACUCAAGAAGAAACUAGAGAACCAAUGAGAUAUUACCCAACUGAGAUAACAAGGGUGUCCUACGUGCCUUCCUCCGAGCACUUUAUAUUGAUGGUAGCAAUGAAAAACUCCAGC